GAUAGACCCGCCUAGUGUGUGCCCCUAUUGGCAGCCAUCAAAGAAGUUAACGCGAAGAGAGGGAACACGAAGAAGCGAAAAGAACGCAAAAAUAAAGGUUAGCCGACGAAGAUGACCAGUUUCCGCAAGCGCACCGUGCAGAAGCCGAUCCGCGGCACCCGCACCUCGCCGCACACGGCGCAGGUAAUUACCUCCAGCGGAAACCCGUAUCUGGACGUGGUCAUCGGCGGCGGUCUGCCCAUGGGAUCGAUUUGCCUGAUCGAGGAGGACCGUUUCAUGACCCACGCCAAGGUGCUGGCCAAGUACUUUCUAGCGGAGGGCGUGCUGUCCAAGCAGGAGAUUUUCCUCGGCAGCCUGGAUGACAUCCCGGUGGAGAUGAUGCGUCGUCUGCCCAAACCGCUGACCGAAAUGGAAACGGAAGUGGAACAACGCGAGGAGCAGCAGGCGCAGAGCUCCGGAGGCACCGAGAAUGGCCUGAGAAUCGCCUGGCGAUAUAACGAUCUGCCGCUGGUCAAUUCCGAACAUGCAACCGCCAAGAUCGGUCAUCAUUUUAAUCUUAUGGAGCAAAUGGACUCGAUGAUGCUCUACUAUGCCAAUACCACCAUGUGGGACGAUAGCCACAAGGAGCCGGACAUUGUAAUUGCGGAGGAGUUCUCCAAGAGUAGCUCGCCGACGUCUACGUCUCUGGAGCAGCAGCCCGUGGAAGAUGCCCCACCGAUUCCUGGGGCAGAGCCCACUCCUCAGGAGAAAAAUACGGCCCAGGAGGAAAACUCAACGAACAAUAAUAACAACAAUACCAGCAGCGGCACGAGCAGCACAAAAACCGGCAGCCAGGAGUUGCAGCCGCAAGUCUUCCAUAACCCUCGCUACGGCGGACUUCUUAACGAUAUCCAACAGCUGCUGCGGGACGAGAGCUUUGUAGCUGGGACCAAGAAGAACCUUUGCCGCGUCUGCCUGACCUCAUUGGGAUCGCCGCUGUGGUACGACGAGCACUUUGGUGAGGAUCUGAUCAAGUUCCUCACCCUGCUGAUGGCUAGUGUGCGAAACUGCAACUCGGUGUGUCUGAUUACAAUGCCCAUGCACCUGAUCGCCAAGUACGACGAGAGCCUAGUGCCCAAGAUCCGCCAGCUGGUAGACUAUGCCAUCGAACUAGAGUCGUUUGCCGGGUCGGAGAAGGAAACGCAUCCCGCUUUCAAGGAGUACAGUGGCCUGCUCCAUUUGCACAAGAUGUCGGCGCUGAACACGCUGGCUGUCCACAUGCCGGACACCACGGAUCUGGCCUUUAAAUUGCGCCGUAAGAAGUUCGUCAUUGAGAAGUUCCACCUGCCCCCGGAGCUGCAGGAGUCGUCUCCUGCCAAGCCGGAAAGUUGCGUUUCCGGUCUACUGAGCAAUUCCAAUGCCACAGCCUCGCUGGAUUUCUAGCUGUCAGCGGGAUUAGAAACUAAGUGCGCGUAUGUAACCACGAAACAACAACUAAAUUGCAUAAUAAUAAGCCAAGUAAAUGCAUUAAUAUAUCAGCCCUGAUUUUGUACCAAUUUUGAAAACUAA